CAAGAAGAGGAAACCUAGCCAUAGAAAAUGGCAUGCAUCAGUCUGACCUGCGGUCUCAUGCUUGGACUGUCGUUGUUCGUAAGAGCAAGCCUGGGUUUUGACUGCACGUUUGAACAUGGCAUGUGUGGUUGGAAGCAAUCGUGGGACGAUGCAGGUUACUGGAUGCGACGUUCUGGAAGAAGUCCCAGCUACUACACUGGUCCCCUGUCAGACAGGACUCCUGGUUCAUCGACCAACUAUUACUGCUACUCCAACGGAGGAUCACACUCGUCUUCCAACGCGGUAUUACUGAGUCCCAUCGUCAAAGCCACAGAUGUACGGCAAUUUAUAUGGCGGUUUAGCUUUUGGUACAACAUGUACGGCAGCGACAUAGGUCGACUGAAUGUGUACAAGACACCAGUUAACGGCCGACUGAGUGAGGGACGGGUGAUCUUCAGCCGGCAUGGGCAACAAACGUCAAGUAGUGAGUGGCUCGAAGGGGAGAUCUACAUCACCGAUGUAGCCUCGAGUUUUAGGAUAGCCUUCGAAGCUAUUCGGCAAUAUUUGUAUGAUGAUCUUGGGCACAUCGCCAUCGACGAUGUGACAAUCUCAGACCUGCCAACCUAG